AAGAUGAGUGAAACUUUAUCAAAACCAAGAAACGUUAACCAUACUCUGAAAAAAUUGUACGAUUGGAUGGAGAAAGGGUUAAUCGAUAUUAACCCAGAAUUUCAACGUGAUGUUGUAUGGAAUUCUACUAAACAAUGCCUUUUAAUUGAUUCGAUAUUCAAAAAUUAUUACAUUCCACCUAUUUUAUUC